AUGCCUACGACCGGCCAGCCAGGUAAAACCUCUCUCCGUGCCAGGGUCGCGCCAUCACGUGGCCUGGGCACACCCCAUGCCCAAAUCCACGACUUCCUCCCACGAUCGCGUGUCCAUCCGAACUCGCCACGCUCUCCCCUCAACGUGACACGUGGCAACCAGGCAUCCCCACACCGCUCCACGUGGCACGACGGGACGAGCACACCUGACGACGACAUAAAUCGAUCAGAACGGUCGAGACCGCAGAAGAAACUCGGAGAGGAAAAGAUGCGUGCCAAGAGAAGAACCAUGGUGUCAUCAACUCCUCCUCCCUCCAAGAAACCCUCAGCCAUGCCGCCACCCCCAUGGGAAGUCCUCCUCCUCGUGGGCCAACUUUUGGACCCCAAGACCCUCGCCACGGCCUCCUGCGUCUCUAAGUCGUGGUCCUCCGCCAUGUCUUCGGACCAUCUCUGGAAACCCAUCUGCCUCUCCCAUUACCCUUCGUCGCUUCUUUUGAUCACCACCAAUCCUUCGCUCUCGGCUCGCCGCCUCUUCGCCCUCCUCCGCGCUUCGUCCUAUCGCCACCGCCGCCGCAAUCCGUCCAUCCCCCGCAUCUCCCUCCGCAAUCUCAUCUUCGCCAUCGACGUCUUCCAACGCGACGUGCCCGUUCUUUCGCUGGCGAGGACCGGCGAGGAGCUGCUUCGCAGCGAUCAUGGUGGAGUUUUUCGAUUCGAAGCUGCGGGUGACGAUGGAUCAGAUGGUAGCUUGGAGAUGGGGGAGGUGGUGAAGAUUGGUUGGACGGUGGUGAUGAAAGGGUGGAGGGGGGCAUUUACGAUGAUGGAUCGAGUGGGGAAGGGCCGGGCGGUUGGAGAGACCGGGCUGUGGUUCUCGGAGGAGCUGCCGAGCCCCGGGUGCUGCUCGGCGAGCAUGGGUGGUGGGCUGGAGGCUGAAUUGGGGCUGGAGUUUUCUGACGAUGGAGUUGGGGAUGAGGAAGGGAGGAGGAGGAGAGUGGGGAGGAUGAGUUUGGGGUUGAUGAGCAUGGCUGAUUGGAGGUAUGUAGGAGUGGAUGAUGGCUUGCUUUACUUGCAACAUUUUCUCCUGCCCAACAACAUCUAGGCUUUCCUCUUCUCCCCGCAUCAACUUCAUACCCUUUCUUCUUUUUUUUUGUUAUUUUCUUAAAGGAAAUUGUUUUGUGUAACUUUUGGUGACAGGGUAGCAUCCCGCUACCUCCACUUUCAGUCAAAAAAAAAAAAAGGGGAAAACUUUGGGUGACAUGGGCAGCUGGUGAAUUGAGUUGCCUUGGAGUUUCAGUACAAGAUUACUGGAUGAGGAGUUGCUGAUACUUUCUGUUUUUAAUUAGUUACUGAAAGCUAAUGUCAGAAAUGUUGCAUGACAGGUGAUUUACCCUGUUUUCACCUAGUUAUGGACGUCGCAAGGGCGUGUAACUCUAGAAAUAAACCAUAUCAUAGCGAAGGUUCCACGUUAUGAGCUGAUACGCUUUCAUUCUACCAGGGAAAAGAAGUACACUAUCAUUGAAAAGGUAAGAAGAUUUCUUUUGCAAAAGGGUUUUCAUUCAUCAGCCCAGACAGCAAAAUUUUAGUGGCUUUUUAUAUCAGCCCUCACCCAAAAAGGCUAUGUGCAUCCGAUGGUGGUCAAAAGAACCUCUCUUUCCCCGGUAUCUUGAUAAGCUAUCAAAAAGGGGUUUUGUUCAUGACCCGCGCUGGAAUAAAAAUUGAAAUGGGAAUUGAAAUAAUCAUAUCUUCUAAA